AUGGUUACCCUUUGUGGUUUGCUUGAAUCUUUUGAAAUUUUGCUCUCUCAAAGUCAGGUGGCUGACAAGGAAUUAGAAGAACUUUUUGCACGGCAAGAAAAUUAUACCAAGGAGGUACCAGAAAGUCGAGCAUUUAAUUGUGUUUCAGCCACAUUACAAAAGAUGAGAAUUGAAAUGUCCAGCUCAUAUAAUUUGCAUGAGGUAGAUCUGGAACCACUGGAUUUGCUCGUAAUUGAUGAAGCUUCUCAGUUGAAGGAGUGUGAAUCAGUUAUUCCCAUACAGCUUGAAGCUAUACGACAUGCUGUUUUAAUUGGUGAUGAAUGCCAUCCACAAGCUAGGGUCAAAAGCAGGGUGUCCAAUGAAGCUGACUUCGGAAGAAGUCUGUUUGAAAGGUUGGGUUUGUUUGGGCAUUCGGAGGACCUUCUGAAUAUGCAAUACAGAAUGCAUCCAGAAAUAAGCUCUUUUCCAAAUCUUAAAUUUUAUAAAGACCAGAUUAUAGAUGCUCCAAGUGUUCUUCAUGGAGAUUUUCAAAAAUAUUAUCCACCCAGACCUAUGUUUGGUCCCUACUCAUUCAUAAAUAUUUCUAAUGGGAGGGAGGAGCUAGAUGAAGCUGGGCACAGUAUGAAAAAUAUGGUUGAAGUGGCAGUUGUGAUGACAAUGGUGCGAAACCUUUAUAAAGCAUGGGAAGGCUCAAAGCUUGGCUUAGCCAUUGGUAUUAUAUCUCCAUACACUGCUCAAAUUGCUGCAAUAGAGAAUAAAGUUGGUCACAAAUAUGAGAAGCUAAAGGACUUCACAGUGAAGGUGAUGUCUGCAGAUGGAUUCCAUGGUGGCGAGGAAGAUGUCAUAAUAAUAUCUACUUUGGGGUCUGAUCAUAAUGGUGGAUCAGAUUGCUUCCUUUCUAAUACGCAACUUACUAAUGUUGCAUUGACACGUGCUAGGUACAACUAG